AUGUCGCGACAAUACCUCGCGUGGGGCUCCGCAGACAAUGCGCACCCCGUGGAUAUCUUCUCUCUGGCAGUAACGGACAAGCAGGUCCUGUCUGCCUCGGGUUCCCCGUCUCUCAAGGUGCAUUCCACCACUGAGGCAGACUUCCCGUUAGUCCAAUCGAUCGAAGGAGCUCACACUUUGGGCUGCCACCAUGUGGUCACCGAUGCCAAAGGCUCCCGCGCCAUCAGUGCAGGUUUUGCAGGCGACAUCAAAGUCUGGUCUUGCCAGGAUGGCCACUGGUCUGCUGAUGAGACUUCUUCAGCCAACCUAGCCAACGUGAGAGUGUGGGCAGUGGCAUUGGCCGAGGACGGUCAGUACUUGGCCGGUGUCUCCCAAGAUGGCCGAGUUGGAGUAUGGGAUCUAGGUGCGAACGGGGCUCAAAUCCGAGACCACGAGACCAAGGGCAGCUUCGGUACUUGUAUCGACCUGUCACCCGAUGGCCGGUUCAUUGCCAGUGGACAUGAAAAUGGUGCCGUUUACAUCUUCAGUACUGAAACAGGCCGCAUGCCAUUCUCUCUGUCCGGCUUGGUGAAGCCAGUUCGAUCAGUGGCUUUCUCACCCGGAGGGAAGAUCCUGGCAGCAGCUGGAGACUCCAAGGUGAUCGUGCUGUAUGACACAUCCUCCGGGGAACAAAUUGCAAACCUUGCAGGCCAUGCUGCGUGGGUAUUGUCUCUUUCCUGGAGCUCCACAGGGGAGUAUCUUCUCAGCAGUUCAUUUGAUGGGAAAGCCAAGGUCUGGUCCAUGGAUACCAAGAUGUGCGUCGCCACCCAAUCUGAGACAGAAAAGGCCGUCUGGAGCGUGAAUUGGCUGCCCAAGAGCAGCCGGUCCGAGGCCUUUGUGACUGCUGGCGCAAACAGGAGCCUUGCUUUUUACCGCGAGGCUACCGGGGGGUAA